CAAACCCUCCACCCACGCAAAACCCACCAGAGAGAGAGAGACAGAGACUCAAAAGCGUCAAAGCCGAGUCAACAAGAGACACACAAACACACACCUUUCCGCCAUAGCCAAAGCAAAGCAACCGAAAGCAGAGCUAGCAAGCAAGCAAGUUAACCCCCGCAGAAAGAGAAUGAAAUCAAUCACCUUCGACUCAUUCACUUCUCGAAUUUCUUACAUUCACAAUACAUAUACAUAUAUGCAUAUCUAGAGAAAGAGACAGAAAGAGAGGGAUUGUGGGGGGUCUGAGUUUGAGGAGAUAAUGGAGGGAGAGACGCCUCCUCUUCUUCCUCCUCCUCCUCCUCCUCCGCCUGCUACUAUGUCAAUCGCGGAUUCGUCCAUGUUUCCAGGGUUUAGGUUCACCCCUACAGACGAAGAGUUGAUAUCUUAUUACCUGAAAAAGAAGAUCCAAGGCUCUGACAAGUGCGUUGAUGUCAUUCCUGAGGUUGAGAUUUGCAAAUUCGAGCCUUGGGACUUGCCAGCUAAAUCAGUCAUUCCUUCAGAGAAUGAGUGGUUCUUCUUUUCUUCUCGUGGAAGGAAGUACCCAAAUGGCUCACAAAGUAAGAGAGCAACUGAAUCUGGCUAUUGGAAAGCCACUGGGAAAGAACGAAAUGUGAAGUCAGGAUCUAAUCUGAUUGGCACAAAAAGGACACUGGUGUUCCACAUAGGUCGUGCACCAAAAGGGGAGAGGACAGAAUGGAUAAUGCAUGAGUAUUGUAUGAAUGGAAAUCCUCAGGAUGCUAUGGUUGUUUGCCGCCUUCGGAAGAAUAGUGAGUUUCGGUUAAAUGAUAAUCCAAGACAAGGUUCUUCGAGUCGAAGGCAUUUAUCAACUGAGAAUAAUAAUAAUAAUAAUAAUUUUAGUUUAUCUGAAAUUGGUGCUGAACUAUCAGGCAUAUUUGAAGGAGCCAGCAGUCAUAACUCUCAUUCAGUUGAGCAGCAAAUUGAUUAUGGAUCUGAAUCUGAUCAGAUACUCCCCAAUGAGUGUACUCAGCCUGGUUCUAGCCACCAGGAUUGUGACGAUGACGAGUGGUAUGCUGAGAUAAUAAAAGAUGAUAUUGUCGACCUUGACAAAUCUUUACUGUCUCCAACUCCUGAUGAUCUCUUGCCAACGGUUCCUGAGAAUUCCAAGGAUGAGAGAUCUCAACAGGAAGUACAAGCAAACCUGUCACAUGUCCUUCCUUUCCAGGGCACAGCAUACCGAAGAAUUAAACUGGAUAGGCGAAUUAUACUGAGUAGGCGAAAACAAGAGAAAUCCCAAGCUGAGCCACGGGAGGUUGAAAUUAGCAAUGACCGCUCUAUUAAGGAAUCCUGGUUGCCAAAAUGUUUGCUGAGCUUAUUAUCAGACAAGAGGGUCAAUUGUUGUUCGGUAUCAAUAUUCUUGGUUAUCCUGACUUUGCUACUUUUGUGUCUGUCUAUGUUGGGUGUACCUUGCCAAGUCAAAAGGUUUACAUAUGCAUCCUUGUCAUGGCGAAAGUGAAUGUUGUUAAUAUUUGGGUGGUGUGUGUGUGUUUUCUUAGCAGUGUAUAUAAAGAAGUUUUAAUGUAAAAGGUAUAAUUUGUGAAGUUGCAUAGAAGUGUUGGGUUGGCCUUCAUAUUGUAAAAUGAUCAUUGCUGGCCUGAAAUGGGAAAAAUUAUGUGGUCCCUUGGAGAUUAGUAUGUUA